CUCGCAAAACCCUAAACCCUGAUUAGCAGUAUAAAAUAUCCGAUAGACUGCAACUUCGAUACUCAGCAUUAGGGUUUUAGAGCUCUACUUGAUAACUCUUCUCUGCUUCCAUCAAUAUCCAGCAGCAGCAGCCAUGGUUGCACCAACUAGAGGUCGUGGUGGUGGUGGAUUCAGGGGAGGUAGAGGAGAUGGAGGAGGAAGAGGAGGGCGAGGUGGUAGAGGUGGUUUCAGUGGUGGAAGAGGGGGUUUUGGAAGUGGAGGAAGUGGGAUGAAGCGAGGAGGAGGUAGAGGAGGUAGAGGAGACAGAGGUGGAAGAGGUGGAGGAAGGGGACGUGGAGGAAUGAAGGGUGGUAGUAAGGUUGUGGUCGAGCCUCAUAGACAUGGGGGCGUGUUCAUUGCUAAGGGAAAAGAAGAUGCUCUUUGUACUAAGAAUUUGGUACCCGGUGAAGCUGUCUACAAUGAAAAGAGAAUUUCUGUUCAGAAUGAAGAUGGAACAAAGGUCGAAUACAGAGUGUGGAAUCCUUUCCGUUCUAAGUUAGCAGCUGCAAUUCUUGGAGGAGUUGAUGAUAUUUGGAUUAAACCAGGUGCCCGUGUCCUUUACUUGGGUGCUGCUUCAGGAACAACAGUAUCUCAUGUCUCAGACCUUGUUGGUCCUGAAGGGGUUGUAUAUGCUGUUGAAUUUUCUCACAGAAGUGGAAGGGACUUGGUGAACAUGGCUAAGAAACGUACUAAUGUUAUCCCCAUUAUUGAGGAUGCUAGACACCCAGCCAAAUACAGAAUGUUGGUUGGAAUGGUGGAUGUGAUAUUUUCUGAUGUUGCUCAACCUGAUCAGGCAAGAAUUUUAGCUCUGAAUGCAUCAUACUUCUUGAAAGCUGGUGGUCACUUUGUUAUCUCAAUCAAGGCAAACUGUAUUGAUUCAACAGUACCAGCUGAAGCUGUGUUUGCUCAGGAAGUGAAGAAGCUACAAGCGGAGCAAUUUAAACCAGUGGAGCAGGUUACUCUUGAACCAUUUGAAAGAGACCACGCUUGUGUUGUUGGUGCCUAUCGCGUACCAAAGAAGCAAAAGGCUGCUGCCUAGAAAAUUUAAGCUUAUGAUUUUUGUUAGUCAAUGUUUUUUCUAGGAGGUUUGUUACAAACUGUGACGACACUUGUUAUAUUUGAUGGAAGUGUAAUGGAUUUUUGAUUCUCUUAUGUUAUUGUUUAUAUAUUUUGGUUCUCUUUUUAUUCAGUA